AAACUUAUGUGUUGUAAUCAUUCCAUGUAAAAGGUUUUGGUUAAAGUUAGUUUUAAUUCUUAAACAAUGGGGGUGGAGUCGAGGGGCAAACCGAAAAAUUGGACCAAAAAGUCCCCCCAGCAGUUAAAGAAGAUGGGGGCACAACAAAGAUCGAGGUACUUGGCGUACGAGGAACCCCCUAAAGAGAUCCAGGACACGGUUGACUUGACACAGAAACGCGUCAAAGAUUUGAUUCAAAAACAAAAGAACUCGACGCCGCGUAUGAAUAAUGAGAUGGAAAUCGAUCGACAGAAACACAGCAACCUCAUUGGUCAAUUAAAAGCAGCAGAAGCACGCAACAGAAUACGAGUGAUGCGACUUCAAUACCAAGCCAUGCGAGCGCAUGAAGUUAAACAUCUGAUAUCUUGUCAGCCCACUUCGCUUAAAGCACUCCGAUUCGAAGCCCUUGUGCCCCCCUACACCAAUAACCGUAACCCCGGCGAUCAUUUGGACAAGCUUGAUCGAGCACGAGUUGAGUCGAUAUUAGAGGAUGAAAACGGGAUAACUACAAACCGAAAACUUGAUUAAGAUUUCUAUUAUUGCAGUAUUUAUGUUAUUUUUGUGUGUAGUAGGUUGGGGUAAGAUGGUACAUGUUUUCACUCUCUGUAUCGCCCCUUAGUAAACAAAGAUUAUUUACAGAAUUUAUAACCUCACCCCCCAAAAUGGCGUUGUUAAUUUUUUGAAAAUAAGAUCAGUAAAUACGGUAUAUUAUGUGCUAAUGGCAUCCCAUCUUACCCCAUACUCUAUGUACCAUCCUACCCCACGCUACAAUGAAUCAUUUACCUAGGUGUCGCUAAUGAGUAAACUAAUUAAAAAACU